AGUGGUUUUUAUGGAAAAUACUGUACGCCCGGUAGCUAAACAAUCACAAACAUGGCGACUUACAGACAGGUCGGGAGGUUGUUAUGGAUAUCUGCAAGACUUUCAAGUCCACAUGCUGUACGUGGGUAUCAGAGCGUUGGGUCCCAAUGGACUUCACAGCACAGAGGGCUGACUAGGAGAUAUUCACAGCCACAGCCUCCUUUUUCUGCUGUACCUGUGAGGACCAUGUUCAUUCAGACUCAAGACACGCCCAACCCAAACAGCUUGAAGUUUCUGCCCGGCUGCAAGGUUCUUGAAGCAGGAACAAUGGAUUUUGCUGGCCCCAGAGAUGCAUACUGUUCACCCCUAGCCAGGCAGUUAUUCAGAAUCGAUGGGGUCAAAGGUGUGUUUUUGGGUCCUGACUUCAUCACCGUAACCAAGACUGGUGUAGACCUGGAGUGGAAGGUAAUGAAACCAGAUGUCUUUGCUGCUGUUAUGGACUUCUUCGCCUCAGGUCUUCCUGUUAUCAACGAGGAGGGUACCCCUCGUGCAGAUACAGAACCUUCAGACGAUGACGACGAAGUUGUAGCUAUGAUCAAAGAACUCCUGGACACCAGGAUCAGGCCCACAGUACAGGAGGAUGGGGGAGACGUCCUGUAUAGAGGCUUCGACGAUGGCAUUGUGAAGCUCCAGCUGCAAGGCUCCUGCACCAGCUGCCCCAGUUCCAUGGUUACCUUGAAGAGUGGCAUCCAGAACAUGCUGCAGUUCUACGUCCCAGAAGUAGAAGGCGUAGAGCAGGUGAAAGAUGAAGAGGAAGGAGCCGUGCAGGGGCAAGUCUAGGAGGAACCUGUCUUCGUGAAAUAGCCCCGUCGAGAUAUGAAAUACCCCCGUUGGGGUAUGAAAUACCCCCUGAAAUACCCCUGUCGGAGCCCCUUGGGACUCCCUCUUACAACAUGAACAUCAUAGAGGCUUCACCAUUAGCAGGGGCGCUAGCAUGAUUGCCGUUUCUGGUCAUUGGCCUAUAGUGAAGUUGGCAGCAGACUGCCAGCUGUGGGAUGGAAUGUCCAGCUGGGUGUUUUUCCUGUCCUCACAGUUUGUAUGGGAUGCCCUCCAAAGGACUGGAUUUUUACCCGCAGUCUAAUUCGUGGUUAUUAUCUCAGACUGUCACAUUGUGUACCUACUGUAACUCAUUACCUACCAUAUAAUUAUUAUAUCUCAGACACACCAACAUCCAUCCAUAUGUAACAAAGAUGCACUGUAUAAUGUAAAUAUAGUAUAUUGAAAUAAGAAUUGCUUUCUGUCUUAUCCCUUCUAGUUGUUUUGUGUUCUGUCCCAAGCAGACAGUGGUUUCAUGGAUUAGUUGUCAUAAGGGAUUUAUGAAAUGAGAGCCUUUGUUGGACCC